CGACGAUCUAGUAGGCCCUCUUUGAGAUCCCAAACCAUGGAGCCGCCCAAUGAUCAACCGCCCAAGAUUCGAGACACGGGACUAACGGUGCUCUUCGAUAAGACGACACCAGGCAAUCAAAACGUCGAUUUUGUCUUCGUACACGGCCUAAACGGCCACCCGAAGAACACCUGGACCCAUGGCAACGGCUUCUUCUGGCCUUGGGAGCUGCGAAAAGAGUUCACCAAAGCUCGAGUGAUGACGUUUGGCUACAAUGCCGGGAUGGGCUCGGAGCUGACCGAAAAUUUCAUCCGUAUUAAAGGCAUUGCCUCCACCUUGAACGGUGCAUUGGCGAACAAGAGGAUCAAGGCGGAGGAGCAAACUCGGCCGGUAAUCUUCGUCGCCCAUAGCCUCGGUGGGCUUGUUGCAAAAGCGGCCGCGGUGGCAGCGUCGAAGACGGAGGCAUCAGGAGCGAAUGACAUCGAUAAGCUCUACGCAUCUAUGCGGGGCUUCAUGUUCUUCGGGACUCCUCAUGCCGGUAGCGCUGUCUUCGCAAAGUUCCGGGUCAAAAUCUUGCAAAAGAUGGCAAAGGCUGCUUUCGCUGAGAUACCGCCCAAACUGGAAAACGCUCUUCAAGCGGGAUCAGACGAGGUGCUGGAUCUAUCCGAGGACUUUCGUAAAAUUAGCCUUUACGUGCAUCUGAAAUUACUCGUUGCAUCUUUCUACGAGCAGAAGGCAACAUUUGGCCUUGGCGAUAGGGUCGUCGAUGAGUUCUCAGCGGCCAUUGGCUAUUCAAAGGCCAACGACCUGACGCCUAUAAAUGCUGAUCAUAUCAACAUGGUCAAGUUCGAGGAUGAUGAAGAUGGAGACUUUGACAACGUCAAGGGGCUGCUGUUGAGGUGGGAGACGAGGCUGACAGAGCCAGGUCAGAAUGUUUGAUUGCUUCACUCCCUCCUUCACUUAGAUGUAGAGAAUACCAACAUUUGACGCG